UACAGUUUUAUUGCCUCUCCUCUCUUCCGCUUCCAAUUCAUGGACCUUUAAGCCUCUAUUUGGCGCUUCUUCACCAAUGCAUCAUUCUCUGGGUGUUAACUCCAUUAUUUCUUCUCGAUUCCCUAUGUCGAUGGUUCAACUGCGGCACGUCGUUUCUAAGAGGGAUAGAUGGAAGAGGAGGAAACCGAUGACACCAAUCACUUCCAAGCUCAAGAAAAUCAAAAUGAAACCAUUCUCGUCUUACAAAUCAAGGUUUAGGACUAUGAAUGAUGGGAAUAUCCGACGGUGGAGGGAGGGAAAACGACACAAUGCGCAUUUGAAGGGAUGCAGCUCAUCAGGUAACUAGGGCUCUCACAGAAUACCAAUGUUAGACCCAUCGCCAACAAGUCGACGCACACCUGCCCGAACUAACUCCUUGGCCUCAAAAACACUUCUCCAAAUAUAGCUUGAAUUACUACCCAACGAAGCUGUAAGAAAAGAGCCAGUAGAGAAGUACCUUGCCUUGAAAAUUUUCCCCAUCAAGCUAUCCUCACAUGUCAAUAAUCUCCACCCUUGCUUAGCAAAAAGAGCCAAAAUAAAAUCUCUUCAAGCUCUCGUGGAUGCUUAGCAAGGAGAGCCAAAUUGUAAUUA